ACGUAGUAGUAGUGAAUGUGUGUGUAGAGAGUAGAAAAUGAUGAGGAACUGAAAUAUGAACUGAAACUUGGAACAAGUAAGAUCCACGUGGACCCCACUUAACAAAAAAUCUUGUUUCCCAAUUUCACAAACUCAACUUCAAUUUUUCCUUUGCUUCCCAAUUUCUCUUCUCUCAUUCUCAUGGAUUCCCUUCCUUCCGUCUCGCCUUCCAUGGUGCUCCCUCCCAGCCACCCUUUCCGCCGUCUCCCUCCGCGCUUCCUCUCUGCCCGAACCCGAAGCCGCCGCCGCCACGUGUCCGUCUCCUGCACCCUCGCCGGCGAUGGCACCGACGGCGACCUCGAAAGGGCUCUCCACAUGGACGGCGCCAUUCCAGGCACCUCCAACGAGUUUGUCAAACGCGUCUCCUCACGCGCCUACGACAUGCGCCGCAACCUCCAGCAGUCCUUCGAUUCCAGCAGCUACGACGUUUUAGAUGCCAACCCUUGGAGGGAGACUUCGAAGCCCGUGUAUGUACUCACGCAAAAGGAAAAUCAAUUGUGCACAAUGAAGACCCGCAGAAAUAGAAGUGAGGUUGAAAGAGAACUGGGAUUGUUGUUUUCUAAAGGAGGCAAGUGGGGAUCUGGAAUUGGAAAUCAGUCCAAACAGGCGAGGGGAGGGACUACUAAGUUUCAGAUGCUUGUGGAAGAUGUUAGAGAGGGAGUACUGGUAUUUGAAGAUGAAAAUGAGGCAGUAAAGUAUUGUGACUUGCUAGAAGGAGGUGGUCAGGGUUGUGAGGGUGUUGCCGAGAUAGAAGCCUCAUCGAUAUUUGAUCUUUGCCAGAAAAUGAGGGCUCUUGCAGUUCUAUUCCGCAGAGGGAGGACACCUCCUCUUCCUGAAAGUCUUAAACUCAAUCUGCGAGCUCGUAAAAGGUCCCUUGAAGAUCAAGAUGAUUUGAUGUGAAAUUCAUAUUCCCUUUUGAUGAGAGGGAAGCAUCUGUGCUAAUUGCUAAUAUUCUUAGCCCCCCAAAGGAACAAAAUAUGUAUAUUCAUAGAAAUUCAUUCAUCAUAUAAUUAAAAAUAAUAUAGCAUGUAUAUGAUUGUUCA